AUGUCAUCAGGAGGAGCUGAAGAUGAUAUUCCUCAAGCAGAGAGGAAAACAGUGACAGACUUUUGCUACUUACUGGAUAAAUCUAAACAGCUCUUCAAUGGCUUAAGGGAUUUACCUCAGUAUGGGCAGAAGCAGUGGCAGUCCUAUUUUGGGCGAACAUUUGAUGUUUACACCAAACUCUGGAAGUUUCAGCAGCAGCACCGACAAGUAUUGGACAAUCGGUAUGGGUUGAAGCGGUGGCAAAUUGGGGAAAUUGCUUCCAAGAUUGGGCAGCUCUAUUACCAUUAUUACUUGCGCACUUCAGAAACCAGCUAUCUCAAUGAAGCCUUCUCCUUCUAUUCAGCCAUUAGGCAGAGAUCAUACUACUCCCAAGUCAACAAAGAAGACAGGCCUGAAUUGGUGGUUAAGAAGCUGCGUUACUAUGCAAGGUUUAUAGUGGUUUGUCUCUUGCUCAACAAAAUGGAUGUUGUAAAGGACCUUGUGAAGGAGCUGUCAGAUGAAAUUGAAGACUACACUCAUCGUUUUAAUACUGAGGAUCAGGUGGAGUGGAACCUGGUUCUUCAGGAAGUGGCAGCAUUUAUUGAGGCAGACCCUGUCAUGGUUUUAAAUGAUGACAACACCAUUGUAAUCACCUCUAACAGGCUUUCUGAAACAGGAGCUCCAUUGCUGGAGCAGGGAAUGAUAGUGGGACAACUUGCUCUUGCAGAUGCACUGAUUAUUGGGAACUGCAACAACCAGGUCAAGUUCAGUGAAUUAACAGUUGAUAUGUUCCGAAUGCUACAAGCUCUUGAAAGGGAACCAAUGAAUUUAGCAUCACAAAUGAACAAGCCUGGGAUGCAGGAGUCCACGGAGAAACCAGCCAGGCGUGAAAACCCCCACAAAUACCUGCUGUAUAAACCAACCUUUAGCCAGCUAUAUACCUUCUUAGCAGCAUCAUUUAAGGAGCUGCCUGCAAACAGUGUGCUGCUGAUCUACCUGUCUGCCACGGGCGUGUUUCCAUCAGGUCGUUCGGAUAGUGAAGGUCCAUAUGAUUUUGGUGGUGUCCUGACAAACAGUAACCGGGACAUUAUCAACGGGGACGCCAUCCACAAGCGGAACCAGGCGUACAAGGAGAUGCACUGUCUUCACCCUGGAGAUCUCUACCCUUUCACAAGAAAGCCCCUGUUUAUCAUUGUGGACUCUUCAAACAGUGUUGCCUAUAAGAAUUUCACAAACUUAUUUGGACAACCCUUGGUGUGCUUGCUUUCUCCAACAGCAUAUCCAAAAGCUUUGCAAGACCAGUCUCAGCGGGGCAGCCUCUUCACGCUCUUUCUGAACAAUCCUUUGAUGGCNUUCCUGUUUGUCUCUGGAUUGUCAAGCAUGCGCAGGGGACUGUGGGAGAAGUGCCAGGAUUACCUGAGGAAGAUCAACCGGGACAUUGCCCAGCUGCUGACCCACUCCCGCUCCGUGGAUCAGUCCUUUCUGCAGUUUUUUGGGGAUGAAUUUCUUCGCCUGCUUCUGACGAGGUUUAUCUUCUGCUCAGCCACCAUGAGGAUGCACAAAAUUUUCCGGCAGGAGACCCGAAAUUACCCAGAAUCUUACCCUCAGCUGCCGAGAGAUGAAACGGUGGAGAAUCCUCACCUCCAAAAGCACAUUUUGGAGCUGGCUUCCAUCCUGGAUGUUAGGAAUGUUUUCCUGGAAAACACCCUCGAUGACUAUUAGAAGAAACUGUCUUAUUGCAAAGGGGUUUCCCUGACCACAGAUUUUGAAUGGUGCAGUUUUAUAAUGUGAAAAUCAUAAAAGGAAGUACUUGAUUUUAUUUUUAAAUUUAGGACCAUUAUUUUAAAAAGUAAUACUGAAACAGCUGUUAGUGUAGCUGUUCCAUUCUGUAUGGGGUCAAUUUUAUAAGCAGAAGUUUUUCGUGUCUUUUAAAUGUUAAACUAAAGAAACACUAGAGAUUUAUUUCUGGUCUUGUGGCUGUCAACCACAUUUCCAACAGUUGAUCCUAAGCAUAGAAGUAUUAUUGGUUACCUUUAGCCCACGUUUUUGGAAAUCCUUUAUUUUUAUACAAUUUUAA